AUCCUACUUUUCGAAUUCAUCUACUACAAACACAUCUUCUCUAUUUCCAUUUUCCCUCCAACUGUAUCAAUGGCACCCAAGGCAGCUGCCGGAAAGAAACCAGUAGCGGAAAAGGCUCCGGCUGAGAAGGCACCAGCGGAGAAGAAGCCCAAGGCGGAGAAGAAACUCCCAAAAGACGCAUCGGCUGCCGGAGCAGAUAAGAAGAAGAAGAGACACAAGAAAUCAGUCGAGACCUACAAGAUCUACAUCUUUAAGGUUUUGAAGCAGGUUCACCCUGACAUUGGUAUCUCUAGUAAGGCAAUGGGCAUCAUGAACUCAUUCAUCAACGACAUUUUUGAGAAGCUCGCUCAGGAGGCAUCUAAGCUUGCAAGGUACAACAAGAAGAACACUCUGUCUUCGAGGGAGAUUCAAACUGCAGUCAGACUUGUACUUCCCGGGGAGUUGGCUAAGCAUGCUGUGUCUGAAGGUACCAAGGCUGUGACAAAGUUCACUAGCGGUUAGAUUGUCUUGAUCUGUUAGUAUAUGUAGUAAUCUGGUUUUCGUUGGUUUUUGGGAUUCCUGAUGUAAUUACCUUCUAGGUGAAAAGUUCUGAAAUUGAAAUGAAACUAUCUUGUUUUUGUAAUGGAAUGUUCUUGUUAAUCA